UGUCAGGAGAGAAGCUUGUGUGCAGCUGCUGGCCCCAGUGCGAAAGCAGCAACGCAGGCCCUCUGCAGCUUGUGUUGUUGGGUGUGGCCACUGCAUGGCACCCAUAUCUCCUGCCCCCCUUUUUUAAUUUUCCCCCUUGAAGAGAUCACGGCACUGUAUCGCGCCUCUAGUUUUGAGGUCUUGCUUCAAGUGAAGACUGAGAGGGCACUCAGAAUUCAACAGGGAGAUGUCUCUGCCCUCCGUGUAUCAGCACAAGUUUGCGGAGAAGCUGACCAUCCUCAAUGAGAGGGGCAAGGGGGUCCUUGUUCGCAUGUACAACAUCAAGAAGACAUGCAUGGAUUCCCGGACCAAGCCAAGCUUCUUCACGGAGAAGACCAUGGAAUCCUCUAUCAAAUACAUCAACAAGAAGUUUCCCAACUUGGACACACGGAGUGGCACGCAACAUUUGGGACCAGUACACAAGGAGAAAGCAGAUAUUUCCCGGGUACUCACUUCCUAUUAUCAAACCUUUGCGGAUGUAAUGGAAUUCCGGGACCAUGUCUAUGAGCUGCUGAACACUAUGGACGCCAGCCUGUGCCACUUUGACAUUCAUCUAAACUAUGAUUUCACCAAGAAUUACCUUGACCUGAUUGUCACCUACGCAUCUGCCAUCUUACUCCUUUCUCGUAUUGAUGACCGCAAAGCCCUGAUUGGCCUGUACCAGUGUACCUAUGAGAUGAUCCAUGGAUCAGGUGAUGCCAGUUUCCCUCGGUUGGGUCAGAUGAUACUGGAGUACGAGAAUCCCUUGCGCAAGCUGAUGGAAGAGUUUGGGCCCCAUACCAAGGCUGUGAGCAAUGCACUCCUUUCGCUGCACUUCCUCUUCGCCCGUAGAAACCACUCAGCUGAUCAGUGGCAAAGUGACCAACUCUUCAGUCUGAUCAACAACCCGGCGAACAUGCUAGCUCCUGCCAGUUCAGACACGAUGGCCUGUGAAUACCUUUCUCUGGAGGUUCUUGAGCGUUGGAUUGUGAUUGGGUUCUUGCUGUGCCACAGCUGCCUGGGCACUACUCAAAGCUGUCUGGAUCUGUGGCGGGCAGCGCUCCGUGGCUCUCUCUACAUUGCUCUAGUACGAGAUGAAGUGCUUUCUAUUCACAAAGUGGCGGAGGAGGCCUUCAGCAGCAUCAAAGGCUAUGGAAAACGCAUAGCUGAUAUCAAAGAAUGUAAAGAGCACGCUGUAGCAAACAGUGGGCAGCUGCAUCGAGGUCGGCGCCAUUUCCUGAGGAAUGCUGUACGGGAGAUGGAGACCAUUCUGGCCAACGAGCCAGGGCUUUUGGGGCCAAAGGCUGUUUAUGUCUUCAUGGCCUUGUCGUUCUGCCGUGAUGAGGUAACCUGGCUUUGCCGACACAGUGAACAUGUUAGCAAGAGCAAGAACCCAGAAGAAUUCACUGACAGCUACCUGGCUGAGCUGCUGUUUCUGAUGGAAAAGCUCUGUCGCCUUGUCCGACGGCACCAAAAUAUCCUCCAGCGCUACCAUGUACAGUACUUGUCACACUUCGAUGCCCAGGUGCUCAGCAACAUCAUCCAGGACCUGACUGUGUGCCCUGAAGAGGAGUCUGUGAUUAUGUCAUCCUUUGUGAACUCACUCUCAUCCCUAACCAUCAAGCAAGUCGAGGAGAAGGAGAAAUUUGAAUUUUCUGGGCUGCGGCUGGACUGGUUCAGACUGCAGGCAUACACCAGCGUCAGUAAGGCUCCCUUGCAACUGCGGGAGAAUCAUGACAUUGCCAAGGUGAUGAAUCUCAUCGUCUUUCACACUAAGAUGCUGGACUCUUUGGAGGACUUGAUGGUCGAGACAUCGGACGUCUCCAUAUUCUGUUUCUAUGUGCGCCUCUUGGAGAAACUCUUUGCAUCCACCAUGGAGGAACCAUCAAUGUUGCGCUAUUCCAUUGCUUUCCCGCUUCUGUGUGCCGAUUUCAGAAAUGCCUCCCAUCCAUUGUGCCCCGAGGAGUAUCCUCAUCUGCAGAGCUGUGCCUUGGGCCUGUGCAACAAUUUCCUGGAAGAGAUGGCAAAACAGGCUUGCUCUUGUAUCCUGGAUGCCUCUGCCGAGCAGUGCAACCUGAGUGAGCAGCUCUUACCCAAGCACUGUGCUGCCACCAUCAGCAAGGCUCGGAACAAGAGGACCCAAAAAGCAUUGUCCAAGAAGGGAGAGCCAGAGAGGGACAAGCCUGGUGCAGAGAGCCACCGGAAAGACCGCAGCCUGGUCACCAAUCUGGACAAGCUGCACCUGACACUGACUGAGAUCUGCUGGAGCCUAAACAACGUGACCAGUUUCCUUGUUUUUGAGCACACGGUGACUCCAGCAGAGUACCUCAGCAGCCAGCUGGAGACACGCCUUAGCAGGUCUUUGGUGCGGCUGGCAAAGCCAAACCCAAGCUCCCCAGAACUGGCACGUCCCUCAGAAGCAUUGGCAGGUGUGCAGGCCUAUACCACUUUCCUGGUUUCACUGAUGCAUCACAUAGGUCUGGAUACUGGGCGCCUCCUCCGCAACGUGCUUCUGCAGCAGACCCAGCCACUGGAUGCAAGUGGAGAACAGACCCUCACCACACUCUAUACCAACUGGUACCUGGAGUCACUAUUGCGCCAAGCCAGCAUGGGCUCCAUUGUCCUUUCCCCAUCAAUGCAGACCUUUGUCGGUAUACCCAAAGAAGGGGAGCAGGCCUUCAGUGCUGAAGAGUUUUCUGAUGUUUCAGAGAUGCGAGCCCUGGCAGAACUCCUCGGGCCCUACGGGAUGAAGUUCCUAAGUGAUAACCUCAUGUGGCACAUCACCUCGCAAAUGGUGGAACUGAAGAAACUAGUGACAGAGAAUAUGGAUGUACUGGUUCAGAUCCGAUCCAACUUCUACCAGCCAGAGCAGAUGGCUGCACUGCUACCCCGCCUAACUGCAACAGAAAAUGUUCUGAAGAGGAUGACCAUAAUUGGGGAGAUUCUGUGGUUCAGGUCCCUGGCGCAAGAGGGCCUUCGAGAGGUGUUCACCAAUCACUGCCCUUUUCUGAUGGGCCCCAUCGAGUGCCUGAAGGAAUUUGUCGAUCCUGACAUGGACAUAAAGGUGACCUUGAGCAUCUUUGAACUAGCCACAGCUGCAGGGGUCCCUUGCGACAUUGACCCAGCCUUAGUAUCCGCCCUUUCCAACCUCAAGAAAGACAGCUCUUCCGCAGAGGAGGACUACAAGGCUGCCUGCUUGCUGCUGGUCUUCAUAGCCGUGUCUCUGCCGCUGCUGGCCACAGACCCUUCCUCAGUCUACACCACCGAGAUAGACGGCUUCAUCAACAACACCCACUGCCUAGCCAAAGCCAUCAUCCAAGUAUCGGCUGCUCUCUUUACAAUCUACAACAAGAACAUUGAGAUUCAUCUCAAGGAAUUCCUGAUGCUGGCCUCUGUUAGCCUCUUACAUCUGGGACAAGAAGCUGACCGGCUGAAAACCAAGAACAGGGAAUCCAUUUCACUCCUCAUGCACUUGCUUGUGGAAGAAUCGUCCUUCUUGACCACUGAUAUGCUGGAGACCUGCUUCCCUUACGUGCUGCUGCGCAAUGCAUACCGCGAGAUCUCCAGGAGCUCAGCCUUGAGCCGGCUUCCUACCCAUUGACAACCUUUCCCCUUCACCAAUAUCUCAGAAGGUCACAAGCUGCAGCUACGCACCACCACUUAAAUGCAGAACUACCUUAGAAAAGAUAAGCAGGGUAGCAGAGGGGAGUUAGAAUUGAUGCUUCUCUUAUGUGCCUUAAGUUACGAUCUAAUGGCAAUAGUGUUGAACUUCUAGAUGGUUCUGCAAAAGAGCCGCUGGUGAGCUUGCUUUGGCUUAAAUAAUUGCUUGUUCAGAAAGCUGAGCAGUGGGCAGCAACAUACUAAUUUUGUAUGCCACUUCCAUGACAGUUGCCAGCCCCGUCAGGCUGCCUAUUAGCUCCAGGUAUGCCACAGGCUCUGCCAUUUGCAGCUUUCAUGGUUUUGUUAAAAAUGUGCCACUUUCCAUUUGCCAGGUUUGAGAUCCCAUCUAACCCAGAACUGCCCAUGCCAUCACUUUGGGCUUAGUAGUUGCCCCUGCAAAGAAGCCUAAGUAAAGACAUCUGCCCACAUUCUUCCUAUCUUCCUCCUGUCAAAAUUUAGAUUCUAAGCUCCUUAGCAGCAGAAAAGCAACCUCAAAACAAUAGGAGUAUAGUGUCUAGAUCAAGGGAAGUAAUAGUACCACUCUAUUCUGCUCUGGUCAGACCUCACCUGGAGUACUGUGUCCAGUUCUGGGCACCACAGUUCAAGAAGGAUACUGACAAGCUGGAACGUGUCCAGAAGAGGGCAACCAAAAUGGUCAAAGGCCUGGAAACGAUGCUUUAUGAGGAACGGCUUAGGGAGCUGGGUAUGUUUAGCCUGGAGAAGAGAAGGUUAAGGGGUGAUAUGAUGUUGUUGUUGUUUAGUCGUUUAGUCGUGUCCGACUCUUCGUGAUAGUCAUGUUCAAAUAUAUGAAAGGAUGUCAUAUGGAGGAGGGAGAAAGAUUGUUUUCUGCUGCUCCAGAGAAGCGGACACGGAGCAAUGGAUUCAAACUUCAAGAAAGAGGAUUCCACCUAAACAUUAGGAAGAACUUCCUGACAGUAAAAGCUGUUCGACAGUGGAAUUUGCUGCCAAGAAGUGUGGUGGAGUCUCCUUCUUUGGAGGUCUUUAAGCAGAGGCUUGACAACCAUAUGUCAAGAAUGCUUUGAUGGUGUUUCCUGCUUGGUAGGGGGUUGGACUGGAUGGCCCUUGUGGUCUCUUCCAACUCUAUGAUUCUAUGAUUCUAUGAAAACAUAAAUUAAAUCUUACAUUCUGCAAAGCGUCACAAACUUCAGUAGCUCUAUGUAUUGUGAAUAAACAACAACAACUCCUCAAAAAUGUAUUGAGACAUACACGUGCCAGAAAUUUAAGCUGGCUUUCCUGUCAUGCCUUCCUUAUGAAAAAUCCUGGUAAUUGUAACUUUGUGAAAGCAAUGAGGUGAGAUGGAGCCAAAUAAGCAAUCCCACCAGGGUAAGUAUGGCUGAUAGGUAAGGCCUGCGUUUUUGUGAGUAGCAGGGCUUACUCAGGUGCCAUGCUGAGCCCUGCAGAGUGAGGCAAAAAGUGGCUCAACUCUCCUUAUUGCCAGGCCAGGUGACAGAAGCGUGAGAGAGUUCUAUAAUUUAGAAUCAUAGAGGCUUUGAGUUGGAAGGGGCCUUGCUCAUCAAGUCCAGCCUGGUUCUUUUGGGCAAAAAUAAACAAAUGGUCCUUGUCUAAACCCUUUUGUAUCUUUUUUCUGAAUUACCUUUAUCAUAUAUGUCUUUAUUUUUUGCUUUGGACAUUUUCAAAUAUGAAAAUGCAUUCAAAGUCACUUGGUUUUAAGAAAUAAUAAAUACCUUUAAUGGAACCAGUUAUCUCACUUUUGAUCUGUUUUCUCAGUGCUUCAUUGUGCUUUACGUGUAAACAGUUUAUGACAGAUCCCUUUUUAAUGUUUUAUUUGCACA